CUCUAUUCUCCCUGUAUUACGUAAUCGUCAUCAUCUGUCAGUGUCAAAAAUCAUCUUUGCCGUGUCUCCUCCGCCUCAGAAUUCUCCUUCACGAUGGCUGUCUCCGUUAGGAUUUUCUCUCGUUUUAGAGAUGGUGUAAAACUAGGUAAUGUCAGAUUUUAUUCCACCCCAUACCAUGAGACACGAAAAAACCUCAAACUGACAUCCGAAACAAAAGUUAUAGUACAAGGUUUCACCGGCAAGCAAGGCACUUUCCACAGCCAGCAAGCCCUCGACUAUGGCACAAAGAUCGUUGGUGGAGUAUCGCCAAAGAAGGCUGGUACAGAGCAUCUUGGCAAGCCAGUGUUUAAGAGCGUGAAGGAAGCUAAGGACGCGACAGGGGCGGAGGCAACCGUUUUGUUCAUUCCCCCUCCGGCGGCAGCGGCAGGUAUCCUGGAGGCCAUUGAAGCUGAAAUCCCGCUUAUUGUGUGCAUCACAGAGGGUGUCCCGCAACACGACAUGGUGCGAGUAAAACACGCUCUGCUCAGGCAGAACAAGUCCCGCCUGGUCGGUCCCAAUUGUCCCGGCAUCAUCGCGCCAGAGAAAUGCAAGAUCGGAAUCAUGCCUGCUGCCGUCCACAAGAAGGGAUGCAUCGGCGUUGUGUCGCGUUCUGGCACACUUACCUAUGAGGCCUGCCAUCAGACCACUGAGACCGGGCUAGGCCAGACCCUAUGCGUGGGCAUCGGCGGCGACCCGUUCAACGGCACCGACUUCAUCGACUGUCUGGAGGUGUUCCUUAACGACCCGGACACAAAGGGCAUCAUCCUUAUCGGAGAGAUUGGAGGCAACGCCGAGGAGCUUGCGUCCGAAUACCUCAUCCAGCACAACACGUCCAAGGGCCAGAAAGCCAAGCCCGUGGUGUCGUUCAUCGCCGGGCUGACGGCGCCGCCCGGCCGCAGGAUGGGCCACGCCGGAGCCAUCAUCUCGGGCGGCAAGGGAGGCGCCAUGGACAAGAUCAAGGCGCUCGAGAAGGCCAACGUCAUCGUCACACGCUCCCCCGCCAAGAUGGGCGCCGAACUCUUCAAAGAGAUGAAGAGACUAGAAAUCGUCUAAGACGCUCCGGUUAUUGUCACAUAAUAGGCUUUUAGAAAUUAUACAUGUAUUUACAAACGUUAUUUCUACUAUGACUUUAUUUAUUUAACGCCUGUAAGGCAUGCUGUCACGAGCCUAUUGACAGUAUUAAUUAAUGUUUUACCUCUAAAUGUCUAUUAAAUAAAACACACUGCCCUCGAACAACAUUAGUUAUGUUAUGAAUUUGUACAGAUUUAAAGUUUCUUUGAAUACAAUUUUAACAGAAAUUAUUUAGUCAUCAACAUCGUUAUUGCACUGACAGUGUCUGUAUAGUCUUAAGUCUACGUCUGGCAGAAAUUUAUCUCAUUAAUGUGAAAAUGUUUGCACGAGGUUGUCAUAAAAUAGAAAGCACAUACUAUUCUAAGGAUGUUAUUAAUGUUACCUCUAUAAUUUUUAGGGUUCCGUAUUUAGGCUAAUCUCAAUUUGCUACGCUACUUUGAUAGGAAAUCUUAUGAAUAUUGCUGUUUUUUUGCUUCAUUUUAGCAGUGUGGCAGGCUACUGGUCCUAACGAUAUUAAAUUAAAACAUAACAUGUAAUGUUAUCCAUAUUAUAUACCAUAAAACUA